AUGGCCGCCGAGGGUUUCCCGAAGGAUCCUGAUGCCUCGGAUCCCGAGACACAGCAUAUCCUGCAAGGCACCGCCCACUUUCGCCGUCUAGGAUGGAAACGUCUGACCAUCAUUUCGAUCGUUGAGGCGAUUGCUCUCGGUAGUCUUGGUUUGCCAUCGGCCUUUGCAGCUGUCGGGAUGGUCGCAGGCGUCAUCUUGACAGUUGGUAUUGGCUUGGUUGCCAUGUAUGCAGGAUACAUGAUUGGUCAAGUUAAGCUCAAGUAUCCUGAAGUUAGCCAUUAUGCAGACGUGGGCCGGCUUUUGAUGGGCAACUGGGGAUCGAAAGUGUUUAUCGGUAGCUUCGUUGCCUUGCUGGUCUGCGUGAUUGGAUCGCAUACUUUGACCGGGGCAAUUGCUUUCCAGACUAUCAUUCAAACUGAUUCCUGCUCGGUCAUAUUUAGCAUUGUAUCUGCUGCAAUCUUGAUGUUGCUCGCUAUUCCACCGUCAUUUGCUGAAAUCGCCAUACUGGGAUAUAUCGACUUCGCCUCUAUUAUCAUUGCUAUCGGCGUUACAAUGAUUGCAACUGGGAUCCAGAGUACUGGCACUUCAGAUUGGUCUGCUUGGCCAAAACCUGGUAUCUCUUUCUCUGCUGCUAUCGUGGCUACCAAUAACAUCGUCUUCGCAUAUUCAUUUGCAGGUUGUUUGCCUUCUUUUAUGGAAGAUAUGCAUACUCCCGAAGAUUACACCAAAGCCAUGCGAUGGCUAGGAGGUGUCCAAAUUAUCAUUUACACCCUCACCGGAUCGAUAAUCUAUGCGUUCGUCGGGCAGGGAGUACAAUCACCAGCCUUGCUGUCAGCAGGGCCAAACUUGUCGCGAGUUGUUUUCGGUAUAGCACUCCCGGUCAUUUUUAUCUCCGGUUCAAUCAAUACAACUGUGGUUUGCCGAUACAUUCACGGAAAGAUGUACCAAAAGUCGAUCACUCGUUUUAUCAAUACUCCCAAAGGUUGGAUCUCAUGGCUCAGCCUCGUCCUCCUCAUUACAGUGUUGGCAUGGGUUAUUGCCGAAGCCGUUCCGAUUUUCUCCGAUCUAUUAUCCAUCAUCUCGGCUCUUUUUGUGUCUGGCCUGUCAUUUUAUAUUCCACCAGUAAUGUGGUAUUUCCUUUUGAGGGAAGGCGCAUGGUAUGAAAAGCAUAACUUGAAGACGGCCAUGUGCAACGCGGUGGUGUUUGUGAUUGGGAUGAUCAUUUUUGGUUGUGGUACAUAUGCCAGUAUCUAUGAGCUGGUCAAGGAAUUCCGGUCGGGGUCCGUGGGUAAACCGUUUACAUGCUCUGCCUAG